AAAUUUCGCUCAAACCCAAUUCGCCGCGCAGGUCACAUGUCUGCUCUCCAUUGUCCGCAGAGCAGGGCGUGUACCGUGUGGGGACGCUGCGUGGGCUGGACUGAGGGCUAGCUGGCUGUUUUUCCUCCUCCUCCUGUAUCUUUCCUCCAUCGCCGGCUUUUCACCAAAGAUGCUCGGGACGGGAGAGGAUUCAGCGGCGGAGGCGAUGAACAGCGGCGGCUCGGACUGACCUGCCAAUGGGGCGUGUCUCGCUUGUUUUGCUGCUGUCAUCGCUGCCGCGCCUGCAUGGAGGAGAGGAGCAACUCGCUCAGCUCCGGCCGGAGCACGGCUAUGUAACUUGGUGAGGAUAUCAACCGGAAAAUAAUAAUAAUAAUAAAAAAAAAAAAAUGUCUGCUGCCAAACACUGCGAGGCGAUCAGGGUGGUGGUGCGCUGCCGGCCGUUCAACAGGAAGGAGGAGACAACGAGGUGUGAGAACAUCUUGGAGGUGGAUGACAAACUGGGGCAGAUCACCGUCAGGAAACCGAAGGCGCCACCUGACGAGCCCAUGAAGGUCUUCACCUUUGACUCGGUGUACGGCUGGAACUCGAAGCAGAGGGACAUCUACGACGACGCUGUGAGACCUCUGGUGGAGUCCGUGCUCCACGGCUUCAAUGGCACCAUAUUCGCCUACGGCCAGACCGGCACGGGCAAAACCUACACCAUGCAGGGGAUGUCGAAGGACCCGGAGCACAGGGGCGUCAUCCCCAAUUCCUUCGAGCACAUUUUCACCCAGAUAUCCAGAAGCCAGAACCAGAAGUAUCUGGUGAGGUCGUCCUACCUGGAGGUCUACCAGGAGGAGAUCAGGGACCUCCUGUGCAAGGACAACAACAGGAAGCUGGAGCUCAAAGAGAACCCCGACUACGGGGUUUACGUCAAAGACUUGUCGUCGGUGGUGACGAAGAACGCCACCGAGAUCGAGCACGUGAUGAACCUCGGGAACCAGUCCAGGUCGGUGGGCUUCACCAACAUGAACGAGCGCAGCUCCAGGUCCCACGCCAUCUUCCUCGUGACCGUGGAGUGCAGCGAGCGGGGCCCGGACGGCGAGGACCACAUACGCGUGGGGAAGCUGAACAUGGUGGACCUGGCCGGAAGCGAGCGCCAGAGCAAGACGGGCGCAAAGGGGAAGCGGCUGAAGGAAGCAGCCAAGAUCAACCUGUCCCUCUCGGCGCUGGGGAACGUCAUUUCAGCCCUGGUGGACGGGAAGAGCACCCACGUCCCGUACAGAGACUCCAAGCUCACCCGCCUGCUCCAGGACUCGCUGGGCGGCAACGCCAAGACGGUCAUGAUCGCAACCGUGGGGCCGGCUCACAAGAGCUUCGACGAAACCCUGGCGACCCUGCGGUACGCCAGCCGAGCCAAGAAGAUCAAGAACAAACCUCGGAUCAACGAGGACCCCAAAGACGCACUGCUGAGGGAGUUCCAGCAGGAGAUCGCACGGCUGAAAGCUCAGCUAGAGGAGCGAGGGAUGCUGGCUAAAGAGAGGAGGAAGAGGAGGAGGGACAGCAAGAGACUGAGCAAAAGCAUGGCUGGCAUGGAGGAGGAGAUCUUUUGCCAGAAGGACGGAGACGUAUGGAAGACGGCGGAGGAGCCAGACGAUGGGAGGCCUUGCCUAAUCGAGGCAGGUGACGGUCCAAAAGUUCUGACCUACCAGGGAAGCAGCGAGAAACUGAAGAACUUAAACCUCAACAGGCGAAGCCUGGCGGACGUGCAGUGGGAUCAAGACGCGGUGGAGAAGAUCCUGGAGAAAUACAAGGCCAUGGAGAGCAAGUUGCUGGUUGGUGGAAAGACUAUAAUUGAUCACACUAACGAGCAGCAGAAAAUGCUGGAGCAGAGGAGGCAGGAGAUUGCCGAACAGAUAAGAAGAGAGCGAGAGAUCCAGCAGCAGAUGAUGCUGCAAGACGAGGAGACCUUGGAAAUCAAAGAGACGUUCUCCUCCAUGCAGCAGGAGGUGGAACACAAGACAAAGAAGCUGAAACGGCUGUAUGCAAAACUCCAGCUGUUGAGAGGCGAGAUGAAAGACAUCUUCGACGAACACGUCACAACCAGACAAGAGCUCGAGGAGACUCAGGAAGAGCUGACCAGAGAGCUCAAGUACAAAUAUCUCCUGAUCGAGAAUUUUAUUCCCCCCGAGGAAAAGAACAAGAUCAUGAACAGGCUGCAGUUUGACAGCGAGGAGGAUCAGUGGUGGCUGCAACCAGUUAUUCCUUCAGAGAGUACGCCCACUCAGGUCAAGAGGAGGCCUCUUUCUGCUGUGGGAUACAAAAGGCCAAUCAGCCAAUACGCACAGAUGGCCGUUGCCACCGCUACCGGGACCCCAUUUAGAUACCAGGCAGAAAAUGUCAUGCUGUUGGAAUUAGACAUGUCCCCGCCAACCAUGUUCACCUUGAACCUAAACGGGGAAUGCCUGGAGAGAGCCUUCACCCCCAGGCUGGUGCCGGACUUGCCAGUAAAUCUGCAUGCAAGGGGCGCCUCCUCGCCACGGGUCAGGAAGUCCCAAUCCUGGUACCUGGCACCACAAGCGGCAUCAGUCACAACAUCCACAUCCUCCACUCUUCUGACAUCAGAACCUCAGAGCUGCUCCACCUUUCAGAGGCAAAGACCGUCCUCCGCGGCGUACCUGUCUCUGGGAGGACCACUUCAAACCAGCCCCUGAUUUGUGUUCUGUCGCAUACUGCUGGCCUUAGUUCCCGAUGGGCCCCGGUUAGACACAUUAUUCAUUGAUUUUAAAACAGAGUUCAUUAGAAAAAGUUAUCUUUUAUUUUGGGUAAAUAACAAGUGGAACAAUUCAACUGCAAAUAUUCAGUGAAGGGUUUUUAUUUAUUUUUUGGAGCAUGGGCUUCUUUUCCAGUCAUAACUAAGCUUUGUUUUAUCUGACUAAGGGAUUUUUUUUCCUCCAAUGUAGCAUUUCUUGCAGUCAUGAUAAAAAUGUAAGUGCUUUUAUGCUUAAUCUUAGAUCAACAACAUCGGAUGCCUGUCAUUUUGAAGAAUGUUAUUUUUUUGUUCAUCCACAGUGACAACUUGGGAUUUAGAAUAAUAUGUCUAUAAUGUACUCGUAACGCCGCCUAUCAAAAGUGGUUAUAUGAAUCCAGCAAAUACGAUUGUGCAGCAGGAAGAGUUAUUUUAACCUGUCAGAUUUCAGAAGAGUCAGCUGACCUAUACAGGGAUCAGAAGCCCCAUCCAUAGAAAUAGAACGGAAUGCAAAGUUUUCAGCUUAUGAUGUACAGUUAAAUCAAAUUACACUGAAGAUGAUGGAGGCAUUGACCCAUAAUUCAAAUAUUUAACUACAACGUAACUGCCACAAUGACAUAUAAUUACAAUGCUAUGUUGUUUGAUCAGUAAAUCUAUGCCAUAAAGUAGAUUCAAUGUGUGAAGAACCAAGUGCAUCUACGAUCAUUCAUCAGAAAAGACAGGUAGUAACCAUGUGUCGCAAAUUAAAUGCAACAAAAUAGCUUGUCCUCUGUUAUUCAUAUCAUAUUUCCAAGCAAUUAGGUAUGUUUCUACCACACUGCCCGAGUGGAAAGUUGUAACCUUAAAGGAAUAAUUGUUGCUAUUGUCCAUCCUAAGACAGAUGCAAAGACAUGUCCUUCCCAAAUGACACGUCUGAAUAUCCCACUAAACAUCUGGAACAAUAUCUGUUGGCUGUGUAACAACUGUGAAGCACGGUGGUGGAGGGGUGGUGAUGUGGGCUUGCUUGUUGAUAUCGCAUCGUAAGUGUGAAAACUGGCAUCAGCACAACCUGUAAAACAUCUGGAACAAAGAAUAUUCUGUCUUUACCUGCUCCAAAAAAUAAUUAUUAUUGUGCACCUUUCAGUCACCCAGCUACUCUUAGUAUCAAUAUUUUCAAGAAUCAUACAAUUCUUCUGCAUUCUGCUUUAGUACGUUUGCUCAUCUAGGAUUUUAGUAAAUAUUUAGACCCACCAAGCACCACAGGUUGUUUUUUUUUUUUUUUAAUCUAUGCUUACUUAAAAUCCUAGAAUUGAAAGUCUAUACACUUACAUGAUUGUACACAAAAGAAAAAGCGACCAUGUCUUUGCCACACACAUCAAAGCCGAUUGAACGGGUGAUAAUCAUAAUUUAGCCCAUGUGCUUAAUGAUGUUUUGCUGCGUUUUCUGGCUACUGUGAUUGUGAACCAAAAAUGUGAAGAAAGCUUGCAGUGCUGUCUUGAUUAGCUGCCUUACUUUUUCAUGAUUGCGAAGAGUCAACUUGCGUACAUAUCAAAAUAAACACCAAAUAGUCUUGAA